UCCUCAGUGUCCUCUGCUCCUCCUGCCCACCUACCCUCUUCUGCCCACACUGCUGGUACCCAACUGGGACACCUGCUCUGCUCCACGAGAAUGGCGACUUUGCGCAUGUUGUGGAUGGAGCUGGUUCUGCUGGGGGUCCUGGGGGUCCUGCAGACCCAGGCCCAGGUCUCUGUGCAGCCCGACUUCCAACAGGACAAGUUCCUGGGGCGCUGGUUCAGCGCGGGCCUCGCCUCCAAUUCGAGCUGGUUCCGGGAGAAGAAAUCGAUGCUGUCCAUGUGCAAGUCGGUGGUGACGCCCACCGCGGACGGCGGGCUCAACCUCACCUCUACCUUCCUCAGGAAAAACCAGUGUGAAACCCGAACCAUGCUGCUGCAGCCCACAGGGAACCCUGGCUCCUACAGCUACCUGAGUCCACACUGGGGCAGCACCCACGCGGUCUCAGUGGUGGAGACCAACUACAAGGAGUACGCACUGCUGUUCAGCCAGGGCACCAAGGGCCCUGGCCAGGACUUCCACAUGGCCACGCUCUACAGCCGCACUCAGACCCCAAGGGCUGAGCUGAAGGAGAAGUUUGCUGACUUUUGCAAGGCCCAUGGUUUCACAGAGAACGACAUUGUCUUCCUUCCCCAGAAUGAUAAAUGCCUGAAGGAGCAAGAAUAGGUGAGUGAGUUGGUGCCACGGGCCCUUUCCCCCCGGGACUGCCACUCAGCCAGGUGACCCAGCCUCAGGACUCCCCUGCUCCGCUUCUUCUUUCAAGACCGUGGCCCCGGCUCCCCAAAGCACCUCUGCACCCUUGGGCUUUAUCCCAGACCUGAGAAAUAAACUCUGGAAGCAAAUGAGA